CUGUUUUAUUGUUAGGAGAAUUGUCCUGGAGAUCUCUCACUAGGCUUUUCAUUAAGGGAAAGCAGGACGGAUGGGCUUAGGAAUCAGAGCAGCAGCGCUGUUUUCAUGAAGCAGAGACAUAAGUACUCUAAUUUAUAUCGUACUCUGACAACUUGUUUGAUCUGCGUCUGUUUUCCCACUGUAUUGUUUCUGAGAGAGAGAACAGACGACUGGAUUGCAAGCUCACUCCUGGAAAAUUACGUCAGGGAGAGGAGUGGGACUGCAGUUUUGGAUGCUGAGUGGAGACUGAAGAAAGCAUGCACUUUGGUACUGUACUUGUACACAAUCCUAAUAUGCUUUUCUGAAACUCUUGCAAGGUGCCACUUGCUGUUGUUUUUCUCCCUUUUGUUUUAUUUGGCAGCUUACAAAGUGCUGUUGGCAAAGCAGCCUCAGGAGAAUUGCAGUGGCAUGGUGACCCAGCUUCGUACUGCUGCUGGUUUAAAUGCAGCAAGUGUUUUGACUGCAUGAAUUGGAAGAAACCUGGACAGAUCUUGUAUUUCAAGAUUAGUGUUUCAACAACCAAUGUGAGGGGGACAGGAGCAACUCUAGAAAGGUCUUCUCUGAAGUUGAGUACUGUAGUUGGCUUUAAAGAAAAUGAAAAAGGAAUGCACCUCAAGGUCUUUCGGACUCAAACAAAAUUCAGGUUCCCUCUCGCGUGCUGUGAGCUGGAUAAAUUUCUCCUCCUUGUCUAGGCAGACAAAAAGAUUGUUUCGCAGUGAUGGUGAGCUCACGUCAAUAUGUAGGCAGGUAGAAGAGGAUGAUGAGAACUGGACCUACAGAACUCAACACAGAAAAGCUGUCUCCAACCUAGAUGAUGAAAGUAGAUGGACAGUCCAUUAUACUGCUCCCUGGCACCAGCAGGAAAAUGUGUUCCUGCCCUCCACAAGGCCACCUUGUGUGGAGGAUCUGCAUCGCCAAGCCAAGCUGAACCUCAAGUCGGUACUAAGAGAAUGUGACAAGCUACGGAGGGAUGGCUAUCGAAGUUCUCAAUAUUACUCUCAGGGUCCAACCUUUUCUUCUUCCAGUGCAGCCUGUGGAAGUUACCAAGAUGAUUAUGAAGAAAUUGAACAAAAGUCUAGUCUGUUAGACUGCAUAUCUCAGUCUUGCAUUAGCGCCUGCUGUUCCUUGGUUCCAUGGAGCCUCAAGUUCUCAGUACCUUCCCCAGAAGAGGAAAAGCUUAUUAGCAUCAAGAGAAGUAGAACACCCAUUUCAAAUGAAUGUUGUGAUAUCAACACCCAAACUAACUGGACCAAGUCACUUCCAUUGCCGACACCAGAGGAGAAAAUGCGACAGCAAGCACAAGCGGUCCAAACGGAUGUGGUUCCUAUUAAUGUAACUGGGGAGAAUUUCGACCGCCAAGCCAGCAUUCGGCGGUCUCUAAUUUACACAGACACUGUGGUAAGACGGCCGAAGAAAGUCAAAAGGAGAAAGACUAUUACAGGAGUCCCUGACAACAUACAAAAGGAGCUAGCAGUUGGCACUGGCCAAAGUGACUUCCGUGGGCAUUCGAUGCAUGUCCCAGAUCACUAUUCCACAUUAGGGAGACUAGACAGUUACCGCUCUGCUAUGCAGCGAUCUGAAACCAAGGACACCAGCUGCCAGACAGAGGAAGUCAAAGUUGUGCCCCCUUCAGUGAGAAGAAUACGAGCACAGAAAGGACAAGGGAUUGCGGCCCAGAUGUCACAGUUCUCCAGCUCAUCUGGAAACAUGUCUGUGAUGAGUGAUUCUGCUGGGGUCAUAUUUGCCUCUCGCCUAAAUAAUGACAUGGGUUUUCAUAGCCUGCCUCGACCUGGAGCAAGAGUGUCUCUGCAGUCACUGGAACAAAGGCAGAGCAUCUCUAACCAGACAGAAGACAUCACUAGCACUUUGUCACACCAGAUAAGCAAGUUGCAGGUUGAUAACAGUGUGGUCCAUAUGAGGAAUAACCCUAGGACUGGGACACUGCCAAGGCCAAAGUCCCAAGAGGUGAGAAGUUAUGAGAGUGAAAAAGCUGCAAGCCCAGCAUGUGUGGUCUCUCCUCAUGCUACAUAUUCAACUAGCAUCAUACCUAAUGCCACGAUAUCAUCCUCUUCAGAAGUUAUUGUGAUUCAUACCACCCAGAGUGCUGGACCAUUGGAUAGUAAAAUCACCAGCUCACCUUCCUACACAAAACCCAGAGACAGUCCUGUUGCCAACAAUGCAGUAAGCAUGAAAGAAGAUCACCAUUCUUCUAGCGGUAACUGGAGUGAGAGCAGCUCAGCGCGCCACUCACAGACCUCAGACACUAUCUCAUCUAAUGCUACCAUGAUGCUCUCCCUUGGUGACUCAGCAGUAUCUCUCAGCACUCCAGGAAAUGUGGAGAAUGGGUCCCAAAGUAUGAGCUAUAGCUGUAGAAACAAUCUCCCUUUCCAAGGCCACUCCCAGGAUAGCGAUGGCAGGAGUGAAUCCAGUUUUUCAGGGGGCAGAUCACAAAGCAACAGUAUAAACAGCACAGAGUACUGGGUGUACAAAUCCAGAGAAAAUGAUGAGACUCCCUCACACAAGCCAACCUAUGCCAGUGCAGGUUAUUCCACUCCUGUAAGCAAUGUGAGUAGCAGCAGCCUAGAGAGAACUUCUGUCAAAGAAGAUUCAAGUUCUCUGUAUUCAGUGGACCAUGAUGGCUACUACACUACUAUGCAUAUGGACUCUGGACUCAAGUUAGGUAAACUCUGCAAUAGUAAUAAUGGUUUUGGAAACCCCAGGCACAGUGUGAUUAAUGUUUUUGAUGGAAAUGAGAAGAAAAAUCAAGACGAACAGUCAAGCAACAGUGACAAAUCUCUCAUACGAAACAUAUCUUUGAAAAAAGCAAAGAAGCCACCUCUUCCACCAUCCAGAACAGACUCUCUCAAAAGGAUCCCAAAGAAAAAAACCCAGUCCAGUGGACAGGUACUUGAUGACACACUAAUCGCUACCCUCCAGCAUUCACUGCAGUUAAACCUUCCAUGCAAAAAUGGUAGCUCCCCGUCCCAAAGUCCAUGCAGUGAUUAUGAGGAUCCCUGGGUGCUACGCUCUCGCAGCCAGAGCUCCGCCAGCGCAAGUAGCAGCAUGAUGUCUACAACAGCUCCAAAUAUGUACUCUCUCUGUACUGUCACCCCAUCACAGAGUGACACAAGCAGCAUCAAAUCAGAAUAUGCUGACCAAUGGGGUUACUACAGUGACUAUGCUGGGAUGCCAGACGAUCAGUUCAAAUGCCCAGUGGCUCGUUCUGCAAGCACUACAGCCACCCUUAAUGAUUACAGCAUCAGCCACCUCAAUGACGGCUCAAGGGCUUCUACGCCCCAAGUGGCCAGCGGACUGGCCAAACCAAAGAACACUUCUCCAGAGAAGUCUCACAGAGUCACAUCACCAUCUAGUGGGUAUUCUAGUCAAUCAAAUACACCCACAACACUUACUCCUGUGCCUGUGUUUUUAAAAUGCAUGUCACCAGCAAAUGGGAAACCCAAGUUAAAACCGAAAGUGCCUGAGAGAAAAUCCUCUCUGCUAUCUUCAGUAUCCAUCUCUUCAUCCUCCACUUCUCUUUCUUCUAAUACAUCUACUGAAGGGAGUGUGAACAUGAAGAAACUGGACCCAGCCCUGACCUCCCUUCCUGAUGUUGCUGGUCCUCCACCUCCGACACCUCCACAUUUCCCUGAUCAUCCUCUCCCUCCUCCACCCCCUGUCCCAGCAGAUGGAAUCGAUCUGCCUCCACUACCAGCCUCUCCCAGCUUUCCCCCACCCCCGCCAGAAGCUGUUAUAAAUUCUUCCUUUCCCCUGAGUGGUCCAUGGUUUCCUUCUCCAACACAGGAAACGUCCUUCAGUCCUUUUUCUGCCCCUUCUCCUCCCCUUUCAUCCCCUUAUUCCUCCAUUUUCCCCAAUGUAGUACCUCCACCAGCACCACCUCUUGACCCCAAACUGACACAAGAUGCAGCUAAAUUCACACAAUAUUCUUUUAAGAAAUGUAAUCAGGAUGAUUCUGGCUACAGGGCAGUGAAACAGCCAGCCAACAAGCAAGAUUCCAGUAGGCCUGUAAUGCCCUUAAUAACCACCAAAGCACUGCAAAUGGUACAACUGAGGUCUGUGAAAAAAUGUACAGGCGCACAGACUGAACAAUCGGCUGGAUCUAUUUCUGAAGCCAACCCUCAGGAAAAAGCAACUAUAAUUUUCGCACCACAGCCUUCUCUAAAACCAUCUCUUUCACUAAGGCUCAGUAACAGCCUGGAUGGAGAGAUGAAAACUCGUAGUCCUUCCUUCAAAAACUUAGUUCAAACUCCUCCUCAGAGUUCACUUCCAGGUCUCAGUGACAGUGCACCUGAGAUCAGCAGUGGUCAAAAACCUGGAAAUGCAGCAGGUCUAAUACAAACCUUUGAAGCUGAUGUAUCAGGAACAAACAUUGAAGAAGCACCUCAGUCCCCUGUGCAGAAUGAAAAAUCUCACUCUGGCCUUAUUAAUACACCAUUUCAGGUGCCAUCGGGGUCUCCGAACAAGACUCAGGGUAUAUCAUCAAACAAGAAGCCACCUCCUAUUUCGAAGAAACCCAAACUGUUCCUCAUUGUGCCACCUCCGCAGCUAGAUUUUACAGCAGAGAAAAUAGCUAAUGUGAGUGAUCCUGUCAGAGGCACAUCAAGUCCAACUAGGAGAGAGAUUGCACAUUACGAAGAAGCAAAAAAUUGUCUUACAGAUGGACUCAGUUCCAAUGAGAUGGACUCGGGCAGCUUGGUUCCUGAGGGAGGAGCUGCUGGUUCCACCUUCUUUGAAACAGUGGAAACCAAUGUCUAUAUGGUACAGCCUGCUGCAUCACCAGUUCAAGAAGCUCCCAAGCAGGAGCAGCAGAUCACUUUAGAUGAAGGAAGCAGUUCAGACAGCAAUGGAGAUGACAGCAGUAACACUGACAGACAUCUAUCUCAAGAGGAUGAAAGUGCUGAGGUGUUUGAGACAGACACAACAAAUAAUUCAACACUGCCAAGCAACAGUUACAGGGCAGGGAAUGAGGAGGCGGCAACGCCAGCUAGACCGAGAACUACUGAGGAUCUGUUUGCAGCCAUUCACAGAUCCAAAAGGAAAGUCCUUGGCCGCAAAGAUUCUGAAGAUGACCACACCCGCAACCAUUCUCCUUCGCCCCCAGUAACACCCACUGGUGCUUCUCCAAAUCUAGCUUCCCUCAAGCACGCAGGAUCAAUUCAGAGAAGCAUUCGUAAGAGCAGCACCAGCAACGAUAACUUCAAAGCCCUGCUGCUAAAGAAAGGGAGCCGCUCAGACACCAGUUCCCGCAUGUCAGCAGCAGAAAUGCUGAAGAAUACAGAUCCGAGGUUUCACCGAACAAAGUCAGACUCCGCCCUGGAGUUCCCUGACAGCCCUGCGAGCUGUUCACCCAGCAAGAACAAAAGGGCCCAGGAAGAAUGGGCCAAGAGCGAAGGCCUGAUGCCAAGGAGUAUGUCUUUUUCCAACACUAGGUAUGGCAGGUCGCGAACACCACCCUCUGCUGCCAGCAGCAAGUACAACGUCCGGAACCGUAUCCAGAGCAGCCCCAUGACUGUUAUUAGUGAGGGAGAUGGAGAAGCAGUUGAACCAGCAGAGAUCCGUAGGACUUUAAAAGAGCAGCAAGAGAGCCAGCUUGAUGUGUUUGACAGUGAUGAAAUGGACAUUAAUGAGUUUCCGUAUGCUGAGGAGGCUGGUUCCAAUGAGACCAAGGCUUUAACUCACCUAGACUUAAUGACUCAACUCAUAAAGCCAAAUGCUUCAAAGAAGUGUCUAAGCCCUUCAGACGAAAAAAGUUAAGAAGGGAGGACAAAGGCAUUUGGUAUUAGUCUUUUAGAUGGUAUAUAGAAUGAGUAAGCAACAGAUCCCAGGAGAAAGCCCAGUCCAGAACAGUUUAUUUUGCUGAGCAUUUAUUACAUGAACUUCAUAUGUGCGUUGAAUGCUGGAGCACUGAUUGCUCUGCAUGGUUGGGCUGGGUAGGGUAAGGCUUGCUUUGAGUAGGUGGUCUGUGACUUUAAAGAAAGUAACAGUUGAACUUUUUCAUAAGCCUUAAAGGUCCUGUCUGAGGGAGUCUCCUCAGAUCCAUUGGGGUGUGAAUUUUUUGAGACUUUUUGAUUGUGGGAGUAAAAUUUAGAGUAAAUUUGAAAAGAAGAUGGGAGGCUUCUGUGGUACAAAGGGGCAGUUGCUUUAAAGGUAUUCUAUUUCUGAGGCUUGGGAAGUGGAUGAGAUGCGUGGCCUGUUGGAGGUAGCAGGGCUAGUGCUGCACAGCUUCUUUUUUGUGUGUGCGCCUGUUAAUUUAAGCAUGUCAUAUUAAUGUAAGAAGAUCAAUAGAUUAUGAAUUGGUGUAGGUACAUUUUUCCAGAGGAAAAUAAAAAAUUUUUAAACCUAACACAGGAGAGUGGGCACAGUUGUAAUACAGUACUAGCUGCUGUGCAGCCGUAGUGACAGUCAUACACACACUCUCAUUUCCAAGUGAAUUGCUUACUUGAUUGGAAAUUGAGUGAUCCCUUAGGAGAUGAAAUAACAGGAUGCAUAUUUGUAAAGAGAACGUAAGCAAAUAAUAGGAAAAUGGGAGAGGAAUAUGCAAUACACUGCCAGAUUCGGAAAGUUUCAGGUGUCUGAAAUGAAAUUAAUCACAAAACAUGAAUUUGAGAGUUUUUGCACCAUAGAGUAGUGGUGGAGCCUUUCCAUUUAAAUUAAACAUGGGGGUUACAUUUUGCCAGAAGUUUUUCUUCCAUUUAUCAAAAUGGGAAGACUUCUUAUAACUUUCAUCACUUGAAAUGUCAAAUACUUGCUAACUUCUGGUUACCAAAGAGUAAGUUAGUUAUUUUCCUUUUUGAUUUGCCUGCAGUAUUUCUAUUUUUAGAAGAAAAAAAAUUUUAGCAAGGUUUGUUUUAUUUUAUUGUAUAUUUUACUGGUGGUAAUAAAAGUGUUUAAUGGUUUUCAUUUGUAAAGAAAAUAGUUGAUUAAAACUGAAACAUUGGCUGGAGUUUUUGAUUCAUAGUAGGAAGGAAGCUUUGAAUUUUGAAAAGGAUUUUUGCAUCAUUUGAUGGUUUAUGCAGUUUUUAUAUUGAUUGUAAAUAAUGGGUUGUUAAAUACCUUUUGAUCUUCCCACUUUAGAAUUUAUACAUUUUUAGACUGCUUUAAGAAGAAACACUCGCUUUGUAGAUUAUUUAUUUUAGUGAAAUAUGCUUGUAAUCCCUUUCUUCAAUCCCUUAUUUGUUAGUAAUGUAAAUUUCCGGGGCCUUCACUUAACUCUUCCCUUCAAAAGAGGGGGAUGAUGACAAUGCUGUGACUCUGCUUAAAUAAAACAAGGCUGCCAAUUGCUAUCUUGUCUUUUGAAUUGAUAACAUCUGACAAGUUGCAGUCAACAUUUUGUGCUCUUGUAUAGAAAACCAUGCAUCUAACUACAGUACUAACAUCCUGUUCAUAUAGUGAAACUUACCAAAAAUUGUUCGAUGCCACUAAAGUGCAUCUCUUCAUCCCAUUUUUACAUAUAUUUUGGGACAAACCCAAUUGCAAUGAAUAGGCCUAAAGAAAUCCUAACUCAUCUCCAAUCUCCACCCCAUACUGUUUACUAUAUAAUUUUCUCAGAUGUUACUGUUCCUCGCUUCUUUGCUAUUGGUCCCAGGGAACUAGAGAUCUUGAAGCAGCAGAUGAGGGGUUAAAUCAGUGGGAGCCAGUUUGCCCAUAAUAUGGGCUCCGCAGUUCUGCAUGUUUAAAUCCCUGGAAUACUGGAACUGUGAAAAGCAAACUUCCUAUGCUUCAAAUAUGUGGAGCAGAUGAAAAUACCAGAUAUAUGCAUUUGAUUAUUGGAACCAAGUGAAAACUAAUUCAGCUAAACAACAUUUAAAAUAAUUAAUACCGAGCUGAGCUAUUUACAGCUAUAAAGACACAUUGCAAAAAAAAAAAAAAAAAAAAUGCACAAGUACUACAUGUUGAAUAAAAGUUGUAAUAAAGGGGAAUCACGCAUGGUUAUCAUUUUUCUUCCUACGCCAAUCAAAUAUUAAAUGUAGAGCUCCAUAUUUUCAUGUAACAAUUAGCACUUACAUUUUCAAAACGCUGCACAAAUGUUAACUAAUCUCGUAACACCAUCUUGAGAGGGAGGUAAUUAUUCCCAUUUUGCAGAUGGGAGACUAAAGGGCCUGAUGCUUCAAGUGUGUAAGUACAUGUAGGAACUGAAUUCAGUGGGUCUAUUCGCAUCUGUGGUUGCAGGAUCAGGCUCGAAGGCAAAUGCCCAAACCACUCAGCAACUCAAUGGCAGAUCUGGUAUAUAAAUAAGAACUUAAGGCUGGAAACCACAAACUCCUUUGUUCAGUGACAGGUCCAUAGUUAAGGUUGAGUUGAAUUUUGCAUAUGCAUUUUGACAAAAAUAACAUAUGACAAUAUGAUUUAUCAAAACAGAUACAAUACCCAAUUCCACUGUUCAGAGGUAUCUAAUUCGGAACUAGAAAAAGGAGAAAUCAAUGAAUCAGGUGGUUGCUAUAGGAACACACUUCAUUCAAUGUAAGGCUUAUAUAGUAGAAUAUAUUCUAAUCAGAUUAUAGACAUGUUUGUUCCAAGUAGUGCCUCUGGAUCUGGUGAUGUCCUCUGUCUUCAGUCCCUGUACCUCCUCAGUCAGUAAUCUGUACUGAAUUUUCUGAUAUGUACGCAACUACUCCUCGGCAAUAUAUUCUUAGGCCAGGUCUAAUUUUGUCCACAUAGUAAUGUUGAGUAGGGAUGUGGGUUCUUUUACAUAUCUAUGCUAGCAUUUUAUUUCACUAACCAAACUGGUAGAAGCAACAGCAGCAAAAGUACAUUUUUGCCUGUAUAUGCUCUGUCUCCAUUAGGAGGAUUUUGGUGAUAUAGCUCUAUUGCUAUGACUUUUGAAAUGUAGACUAGGCCUUAGAAAAUCUCCACUAACCAUAUCCAGGGAGUUGGAAGGGAGAAAAUGCAACCCUCAGCCCUAUGCAACUAAACAAAGAUUUUUCAUCCAAAUCCUUCAUUUAGUGUUACUGUUGGAAGGCUUGUUUGCAUAUCCUCCAACUAGUUGUUUGACUGUUGAUAUGAGUCAGAAAUGAUUACUGAAUCUACUUAGCUAUGAUAUGAUUUUCAGUUUUCCUCCUCUUUGCUCACUUGCUUUUCAAUUCCACUGAGUAUUUCUCUCAAGUUUGCUCUUUAUUAACUAAUUUUAUACUUCUUUAGCUCUGACAACAGUAUUUCUGUAUUGGAUUUUCAGUAUAUAUACUCUACAACACAUGAGCACAGUGACUCCAAGAGCAAAAUGCAACUUGAGUCCACAACAUUUAUUUAUAACUAAGGCUAAGUUUUUGUCACAGAUAUUUUUAAUAAAAGUCAUGGACAGGUCACCGGAAAUAAACAGAAAUUCACGGCAGCCCCUGACUUUCACUAAGAAUAUCCCUGACAAAAGGAGUAGGUGGGUUCAGCACCCACUGCUGCUGGGGCUCCCGGGUCCCCCACCGAUGCAGUGUAUGGGAGCUCUGGGGUCCCCUCACCCCGGGCAGCUGGUAGCUACAGGGCCUUCCAGCUGCUGGCUGCAGCAGCAGCUGUAGGGAGUCCCCGCUGCCUGCUGCGACAGGACAGCUACGCGGGGUCGUCCACCCGCCGCAGCUGGGCAGCUGCACAGGGUCUGCUUACCGCCUGGGCAGUUGCUGGGUCCCCCCCUCACCAGGUUGGGGGUUGGGAGCUGUGAGGGCAGGCCUGGCUGGGAACUCCAGCCCCAGGGCAAAAAAUGUCAGGAGGCCAAUGGAAAUUACGUAUUUCAUGACAUAACUGUAGCCUUAUUUAUAACAUACACAAAACUGACAUGAUCCUUUUCAAACAUAGGGUAUGGAUGCUCUGCUCCAAUAAGUUUAUCGUCUAGGCAAGACGAAGACUAAUCAAGGGCCAAUAGCUCAGAUUCAGAAGGAGGUGGAGGUUAUUGAUUAUAAGAAGUUAGGGAAGGAUUUCUGGAAUACGUGGAUUUGAAGGAGGGGAGACUGUGUUUGACAGAUAAGAAUGUAGACUGUUCCAAACAUAGGGAGCGCAUGAGACAAGGCACAGAGCCUAAAGUGACAGGAGAGAAGUAGUACAGAGUAUUGAGUGAGAACAGAAUAAAAGAGGGGGAAAUGAGAGCAAGAUGUAAAUGUGUGCAAGAUUGUGUAUCACCCUGAAGACGACAAGAAGCUUGAAAUUAAUACCAUAAGAGACAGGAAGCCAAUGCAUGGAUUAUAUGAAGGCUGGGGAAUGAUUCAGUCAGAGCAGUGGCAAAGGAAAAUUCUUUUAGCAGCAGGGUUUUUAUGGACUGCAGGGGGAAGAGCAAGGAGGCCAGAGGGAGAAAGGUAGUUAAAGCCAAAGUUGGUGAAGGCAUGGGAAUCCGUUUUAGAAGAGAGGAAAGGGCAGAUUCUGGCGAUAUUAAAGGAGAAGAAAUGACAGGAUGUAGCGAGAUAUGAUGAGUCAGGGAGGAGAGAGAAGUCAAAGAUGACAUGGUUAUGAAUCUGAGACGCAGGUAGGAUAGCAGAGUUGUCAGUCAUGGAAAGGAGGCGUUGGAGAGGAGCGAGGAUGGAAGUUCACUUUUGGAAAGAGUGCAUUUGUGAUGGGAUAGCGAAAUGCUAUAUAGGCAACUUGAGAUUCAAUGAUAUGUGGAGGGGAAAAAAAAUCAGGUAGAGAAGAUUUGGGACCUGUAUGUAUCCAAGUGGGGAUUGAAACUCUCAGAUGAGGUCAGGGGGACAGUAAAUGUUAGGGGGGGAAAAGAAGUGGCCAAUGAUAGAAUUUUAAGGGAGACAAAUAGAAAGGAGAGUGGAAAGACGAAGAGCACAGAGUUGUGGAAGCCAAGAGGGGCAAAGCAGGGAAGAAAGGUAAACAGUGUGAAAGGCAUUACAUAGUUCAAAAAGAAUGAUUGAGACAGAACCCAUGGAUUUAUCUAGGUGAAGGUCAUUAGUGUCCUUGGGCAGGGCAGUUUCAGUGCAGAGGAAAGAGCAGAAGCUAGAGGAGAGGAGAGGAGAUAAAGGAUAAAGUUGAAGAGGGAUGUAAAUGCAACCUGACUAGAUACUGCACUAGUAUAUGGAGGGUAAGAUAGAGUGAAGGUGGAAUCAAAUUUUCUCCACCUUCCUCCCCCAAGAUGGGGAGGGGAGGGAAACAAAAGCAUGCUUAAAAGCACAAAGGAAGGGGAGGGUGGAAAGAGAGCUAUUAAAAAUAAAGGAGACAGAGAAUCAAAGGAAGUUUUGGAUGUAGGAACAUAUCAAAAGGACAAAAUGAGGGGUUAGGAGCAGAUAGAAGAGAGACCUCAGACUUGGAAAUUGCUACAGAGGAGAGGAAGGGAAGAGUUUGACUCUAUUAGGAAAAUGCAUUCUAUGGCAACUUGCAUGUAGCUGUAAGAUGAAGAUAAAACUAACUAACAGCAAUCUUUUUUUGCUUGUGAGGCAAACAAUUUAGACUCAUCUCUGAAGGAGGAGAAGUGUAGGCAAAUAUUAUGGUGGUUUAUGUUUUUCUAAUAAAAUGAAUAGGAAGUCAUAAAGUCACUUAGCUCCUCUUCCCUGACUGCUUAUAUGUCUGUCUCUUGUAAGGCAGACACAUCUUGCCCAUUUUUUAUAAUUAGCGAUUGCAAGUCCCUUCAAGCUGCCAGUCAUGCUAACUUAAUGAACAGAUACCACUAAUUAAUUGCUUUCCUUGAAAGAGGCAAGAUUUCCUGCCAAGUCCCAACUGUAGGCCUUGUCUAUUCCAGUUUGAUUAAAUUAAUUAUAAUUAACCCAGUGCAAAUCCUCUAAUGUAGAGUUACACAAACCAGUUUGAUUGUCCUUUAAAUCAGUUUAGCUUGACUAAUUUAAAAUCAAUUUAUUAAACCUAUGCAACGUUUCCUGUUUUGAUAAGGUUUUACUCUUGUAAGUUUUCCAAAUUCCUUUAACCACCAGCCCACAUGAAUUUAUAGAUAGAGGUCCACUUCCCAAACUUCUAAAAUAUAUGGAGUAGCCAUCUAUAAUGUGAUCAGGACAACAGUAAUGGCAAAAGUUAAUCCCUCCAUGCUCCACUGAUUUUCCACCUGAACAAAUAUAGGUUAAGCAGACAUCAAUGGCACCUCACACAGAAACAACAAGAGGGAUAUCCUGGUGGUGGCAAUUGUACUCCUCAACACUGUUUUGAGUGAAGACAGGCUAUUCUGUCCAUGCGUAACAUAAUUGUGUAGUGAACAUGCAUGUCUUCUCUGGUAUGCUUUGGAUAACGCAAGCUUCUGCAGAGCCAUCUUUUGCAUGACCACCACUACCACUCACUUCUUUAACAUAAGUUAGUGCCCCAUUCCAUCUAGUUACAAAUUUAAAACUAAUUGCAUAAGAUUAUUAAACCUGGAAAAUUCCUCAACACAAAACUUUAACUAAAACCCAAUUAAGACUGCUGUGUAGCAAUGUACUUAACUAUUCUGUCCUUUUACGUAACUGAAGCACUUAUAAAAGACUUGAAUAGUUGGAGCAUUUUAAGUUUGUCUGCCCAUGUUAUACCUUUACAAAACAUAUUUGUUUAUGAAGCGCCUAUUUCAUCAUUAUACAACCUUAACUUUGAUCCAAAAUUAAUAGUAUUCUUUCAUAGUCAAUACAGCAAAUUCUUCUGAGAGAAACAGGAUAAGUCUGUUGGUUCUAUCAUAUUAAGAGCACUAUUAACACUAGAUCAUACUGGACCUUAGAAAAGGAUAGUGGAACAUGAUAGUGGCCACUCUGGGAACUAUAAACUCUGGGAACUGUGCCAGCUGACUCGAGGCAAGGGGCUGAUUAAUUGCAGUGCAGAUGUUUGGGCUUGGACUGCAGCCUGCGCCCUACAACCCUGUGAGGUGGGAGGGUCCCAGAGCUCAGACUGCAGCCCAAACACCUACAUCACAAUUAAACAGCCCUUUAUCCCAAGUCAGCUCAGAGAGCUCAAGCCCCAUGAGCCUGACUCAGUUGACCUGUGCAAGCCACAGGUAUCUAAUUGCAGGGUAGACGUAUUCUUUAUGUUCAGAAUCUGAAUUAAUAUAUGCUGAACAAAGAUGAUGGUAAAGGUCGAAGUUUCAGGUAAUUUAUUGCUCUGAAGGAGAGUAAAUAAUUUUCUAGCACUCCAUUAUACAAUAAGUACAUUUCAUUCACAUAAAUUACUUAGGCACUUUGUUGAUAAACAUUCCAAUGACUUUUUUCAAACAAUCUUUUGGGGCCCAGUGAAGUCAGUGGCAAAAUUCCAUUAAUUUCAGUGGGAGAUCAGGCCCUUUACCAGCAAAUUCCAAUCUGUGUAGAGAAUAUCCCACCAUAUAGUUCCUUUCCUCUGUAAUACUACCCUGAUUGAACCAGACUUUAGAACUGUAUUAGACAGCAGAAAUCCUAACUACUGUAGAACCAAGAUAGGAAAAUAAAUCAAGCAAAAGAUAUAGGUUUAAAAAGUAUGUACUUAUAAAUUGGAUCUAAAAUUUAUACCUCAGAUUAAUUUUUAAUAAAAGCCUGAAAUUACUGUGUCUGUGGCAAUAACAAUUUUAGGAACACUAAAAAGCUCAGGAAACUCAGAAAUUUAAAUUGAAAGAAAAAACCUUAUAGCAAACAAGAAGUGAAACAAAAUAGGCUUAUCUGAUCUGAUCUCUCUGCAAAUAAAUAAAUAAAUAAUGCAGCCGCAACAAUCCCUUGCUAUUAUCUUCUGUUGUCUCCUGCCCAAUCCCCUUUUCUACCAUGGCCUCUUCAUUGUCAGUCUAAUAUAGAUUGUAAACUCCUCAGGGCAGAAUUUAAGACUUCUAAUUUGCUUGGAAAGGACCCUGUACAAGCAUAGUGUUAAACAAAUAUAUGUUAUUUUACUUUAAGUGAAAUUAACUUCUGGAACAACUAUUCAUUUUUUAAAAUGUGAGAGCAUGAAGAUUCUGGGGUUAGAGGGUGCUUCUAGUUCCAUGCAGCUACUUUUUAUGUCCGUUUAGAAGCAGGUUUGAUGGAUUCUAAAGCCAAUCCUAAUCAGCUCUCCUAAAACAGGAGAUUGCAACAAUGUGUCGACUUAAGGAUGGUGAAUUGCCUUAUGUACUUUUGCUAAUUUGGAUUGAUAAUCUAGUCAAAGGAAAAAGUCAAUGCAUCAGUAGUCACCAUGAAAAUAUAUAUCAAUCCUAGUGUAAAAACUAAAGGUAACAAUUGAAAUUACUUGAAUAUACUAACACUUGGUAUAUAAGUGCCUGGACUAGUACCAUAAAGCAAACAAUGUAUUUCAAAAGGCAAAUGUUGGAG